AUGCGCCGACUGACUAAAGCGACCCGGUGGAGUCAACGGUUUCGGAGCUUCAGCCCACCUUAUCUUUCCUCAAUCCACUGUGGCACCAUGUCUCGUUUGGUGAAUGGCGUCAAGUCGUUCUCGACGACUGCUUCCUCCCUACUUGCCGAUGCGACCGCUCCCACUGCCCGCUCCUCCUUCCAAGUCUUUCGUGAUGUGCCCUCAAUCCGGGGUCUGCGGCGCCAAUUGCUGCAGAAAGACAGGACCGUAGGCUUCGUGCCUACCAUGGGUGCCCUGCACGAGGGUCACCUUUCCCUGAUCCGACAAGCUGCCCGCGAAAACACCGACAUCUUCGUCAGCAUUUUCGUCAACCCUACACAAUUCGGCGUUACCGAAGAUCUCUCGAGCUAUCCCCGCACCUGGGAUUCUGAUGUCGCGAAGCUGGAACAAUUGAACGAGGAAUUGGCUCGUUUGGGAGAGAACAGUGCAAGCGCCGGGCGCAUUACUGCUCUUUUCGCCCCCACCUCGAAGGCCAUGUACCCCGGGUCGCCUCCAUCGUCGGAGGUGAAUGGUGACGGCUCCUUUGUCACCAUCACCCCUCUCGCUGGAAAAUUGGAAGGCGGUUCUCGUCCCGUGUUUUUCCGUGGCGUGGCGACUGUCUGCAUGAAAUUGUUCAACAUCACCACCCCUGACCGUGUCUACUUUGGCCAGAAGGACGUUCAGCAGACUGUAGUCAUCAAGCGCAUGGUCGAGGACUUCCACGUUGGCAGUGAGGUUCGAAUUGUUGAAACAGCACGAGAGCAUGAUGGCCUGGCGUUAAGCUCGCGAAACGUCUACUUGGGUGACCGCAGACGAACCGUUGGUCUCACGAUUUACAAAGCACUCAAGGCCGCCGAGGAUCAAUAUGCUGCUGGCAAGACUAGCCGAGCGGAUAUUCUUGGAGCUGCGCAGACUCUUGCAACGUCUGUUCUCGCUGAGCAGCAAGACCUCUCGCCGUCUGAGCGCGCAAUCUACGAGGUCGACUACAUUUCUCUCGCAGACCCUGAUACCCUCGACGAAGUCGACAUUGUCGAUCCGAGUAGGGGUGCCAUUUUGAGUACCGCAUUUAAAAUGGCACCACUGGAAGAAUCUAAGCCAGGCGAGGACUGUGGCCUGGGCGAUGGCAAGGUCCCCGUUCGAUUGAUUGACAACCUGAUCUUGCAUCCCCGUGCCUAG